GGGCAGGGGGGCCGGUUUGUUGUGGUCGCCAUUUUGCUGGUUGCAUUACUGGGUAAUCGGGGCCCUGGCUCGCCGCGUCCACCGGACACCCUCAGCCAGUGGGCAGGUCUGAGCUCGGGCUCCCCGAGCAGUUUGAAUCCCCUUACCCACGCCCUCAGGUCUCAGCGGCGGUGGCAGCCGAGGUGCAGGAUGCGAGAAGGCGCCCCCCCGCCGGGCUCCCGCUCCAGGCCUCACACCCCUGCGGCCCUCUGAGCCCACCAUGGCCGUCCCACCAGGCCAUGGUCCCUUCUCUGGCUUUCCGGGGCCCCAGGAACACACACAGGUAUUGCCUGAUGUGCGGUUACUGCCCCGGAGGCUUCCCCUGGCCUUCCGGGAUGCGGCCUCAGCCCCGCUGCGCAAGCUCUCGGUGGACCUCAUCAAGACCUACAAGCACAUCAAUGAGGUAUACUAUGCGAAGAAGAAGCGGCGGGCCCAACAGGCGCCACCCCAGGACUCGAGCACCAAGAAGGAGAAGAAGGUCCUGAACCACGGUUAUGACGACGACAACCACGACUACAUUGUGCGCAGUGGCGAGCGCUGGCUAGAGCGCUAUGAGAUUGACUCUCUUAUUGGCAAAGGCUCCUUUGGCCAGGUGGUGAAAGCGUAUGACCACCAGACUCAGGAGCUGGUGGCCAUCAAGAUCAUCAAGAACAAAAAGGCCUUCCUGAACCAGGCGCAGAUUGAGCUGCGGCUGCUGGAGCUGAUGAACCGGCAUGACACGGAGAUGAAGUACUACAUAGUGCACCUUAAGCGGCACUUCAUGUUCCGGAAUCACUUGUGCCUGGUGUUUGAGCUGCUGUCCUACAACCUGUAUGACCUCCUCCGCAACACGCACUUCCGAGGAGUCUCGCUGAACCUGACGAGGAAGCUGGCCCAGCAGCUCUGUACAGCUCUGCUCUUUCUGGCCACCCCCGAGCUCAGUAUCAUCCACUGCGACCUCAAGCCUGAGAACAUCCUGCUUUGCAACCCUAAGCGCAGCGCCAUCAAGAUCGUGGACUUUGGCAGCUCCUGCCAGCUUGGCCAGCGGAUCUACCAGUAUAUCCAGAGCCGCUUCUACCGCUCACCCGAGGUGCUCCUGGGUACACCCUAUGACCUGGCCAUCGACAUGUGGUCCCUGGGCUGCAUCCUUGUGGAAAUGCACACCGGAGAGCCCCUCUUCAGUGGCUCGAAUGAGGUGGACCAGAUGAGCCGGAUUGUGGAGGUGUUGGGCAUCCCUCCCGCACCCAUGCUGGAACAGGCACCCAAGGCUCGCAAGUACUUUGAGCGGCUGCCUGGGGGUGGCUGGACCCUACGAAGGACAAAGGAACUCAGGAAGGAUUACCAGGGCCCUGGGACACGGCGGCUGCAGGAGGUGCUGGGCGUGCAGACGGGCGGGCCCGGGGGCCGGCGGGCGGGGGAGCCGGGCCACAGCCCCGCCGACUACCUCCGCUUCCAGGACCUGGUGCUGCGCAUGCUGGAGUAUGAGCCGGCCGCCCGCAUCAGCCCUCUGGGCGCGCUGCAGCAUGGCUUCUUCCGCCGCACGGCCGACGAGGCCACCAACACGGGCCCGGCAGGCAGCAGUGCCUCCACCUCGCCGGCGCCCCUUGACACCUGCCCCUCCUCUAGCACCGCCAGCUCCAUCUCCAGCUCUGGAGGCUCCAGUGGCUCCUCCAGCGACAACAGGGCCUACCGCUACAGCAACCGAUAUUGUGGGGGCCCAGGGCCCCCCAUCACUGACUGUGAGAUGAACAGCCCCCAGGUCCUACCGUCCCAGCCUCUGCGCCCCUGGGCAGGCGGUGAUGUGCCCCACAAGACACAUCAGGCCCCCACCUCUGCCUCAACAGUGCCGGGGACCGGGGCCCAGUUACCCCCACAACCCCGAUGCCUUGGACGACCCCCAUCACCAACAUCACCACCGCCCCCAGAGUUGAUGGAUGUGAGCCUGGUGGGCAGCCCUCCGGACUGCUCUCCACCUCAUCCAGCUCCUGCCCCCCAGCACCCGGCUGCCUCAGCCCUCCGGACUCGGAUGACGGGAGGUCGACCACCUCUCCCACCCCCUGAUGACCCUGCCAGUCUGGGGCCUCGCCUGGGUCUCCAUGGUGUACCCCAGAGCACAGCAGCCAGCUCAUGACCCUGCCCCCUCCCUGGGGCCCCUCCUGAAGCCAUACCCCCCCAUCUGGGGGCCCUGGGCUCCCAUCCUCAUCUCUCCCCUUGACUGGACUUGCUGCUACCCAGCUGGGGUGGGUGAGGCCUGCACUGACUGGGGCCCAGGGCAGGGGAUCAAGGGAGAGGAGUUUGGCCACACCCUUCCCACUAAGACUGGACCCUUGGUCCCCCUCCCCCCCUUGUUUUCUAUUUAUUGUACCAAAGACAGUGGUGGUCCGGUAGAGGGGAGAGUCCCCCUUACCCAGGGCCCUAGGAGGGGGUGGGGGCAGGUAGGGGGAGAUGGCCUUGCUCCUCCUCGCUGUACCCCCCAGUAAAAAGCUUUCUCACAUGCCUGCCUGAGCGUUUGCAGGGCCUUGGUUCCCUCCCCUGACCCUCAGAGGCAUGGUGGGGAAGGUUGUCUGGGGAAGGGCUGCUUUGUGAUGUGGGUCUAGCCCUCCUGGUGACAUCAUAGUUGUUGGUGCAGGCGUGGGGCAGCAGGAGUUUGAUGGGCUGAGAAACCUGGAUACAAGAACCCUGGCCCAUAUUUGCCUUUUCCAGGGUAAAGGCCUCCCGGCCUAUUGCUAGGAAUUGUGAUGGUCUACCCUCAUCGGUCAGGGUUUCCAGAGUCCACACAGAAGUGGCUCUUUUUUUGUCAGGCAGGCAUCCGGUAGGUUGUGGAUGUAUUUGGCAGGCCUUCUUAGGUACCAUCGGGGGAGCAGACAGUGGGUACAGAUUUUAUCCCACCCAUGUCCAGCCCCACUCUGCGGUCAUUGCCAGUAUUGAGAUUCUCGGGCAAAAGAUGCUCCCUGACCUCCAGGUAAGUGAUUUUUUUUUUUGUUUGUUUCCAUGGCAAUUUGGAACCACCUGUCUCCCAACCAGUUUGUAAGAAUCACCGGGUUCUCGCACAAGGGGGGGUUGCGGUGCUGAUUCCUGGGAGAUGGAGUUCUACAAGGCCAGCUCUUUGCUCACUUUUCUUGAGAACUACAAAGCCCAGAAGUCUCUGCACACAUGGCUGGGGAUUGGUGUUCGGGUAUCCUCAGAAGUUGAGGCAGGUGAAAGUCUGUGGCAUCCUCCUCAUUGGUCUUCUGCCCUCACCAUUUCUCCCCAUGUAACCAAAGAGACUCUGAGCACCUAUUUUCCCUCCCGGCUGAGACUCCCUCUGGACUCCAUCUCACUCAGGGUAAAAGUCCACAUCCCUUCCAUGACACUGGCUCUUCACCAUCCACCCUCAUCACCUGUCUGAACUGGUUGACUCUCACUCUGCUCCAGCCACACUGGGCCCAGCCUUUGCACUUGUUAUUCUGUGCCUGGAUCAUUUGUCUCUACACAGCCCAGACUUGCUGCCUGACCGCUCUCCUGAUACUGCUAACAUCCCUGACCAUUCUUUCUUUAGCUUUUGUUUGUAUCAGUCAUAUUGCUGCUGACAGGCGUUAAAACUUACCUUAUCAGCUGCCCCUCCCCACUUUCCGGGAGGCCUUGACCUUCUUGGAAACGGGUAUUUGGAUCACCUCAUGCUUUCUCUCCCACACUGAAGAACAGGUGACGCCCCUCAGGUUCACUGUCAGAUGAGCACUUUGAGAGCAUAGAUCCUGAUUUCAGCCUCCUGAGAUGUCGCAUGUCCCCCUCUAUACAGUAAACGUUGCUGAGAGCUCCAACGGUGAACAGUGUGGGACACCACAGAGAAGAAAGGAGAGUUGCUCUGCCUUGAAAGACCUCAGUCUCAAGGUGGAGUCAGUCAGGUGGCACAGCAGUGGGAAGUGACCAGGAUCAAGAGCGUUCAAGUCUGGAUUAGGAAUUUCUAAUCUGGCUCCUAGGAAGACUAUCCAGACCAUAGGGUUAGCAUCAGCUCUCUUCAGAGAGAAGUGUGUAUGUGAUGAUUGGCCGCCAGAGGCUAUGGAGGAACACAGGGCCAUAUCUGUCCCCCCACAUCCCCAUGUUUUCCUGUACCCACCCCACCGUACCUCACCCCAUGUAUGUAAAGUUGUAGCAGAAUUAGUCAGUGGGACAGAGUGUCAGGUUAGCUGUGUUAGCAUUUUGUUUCAUUUUACAUUUGUCUGCAUGCGCGUUUUGCCGUGUUCGUGCCUUGUGCCCUCAGAAAUCAGAAGAGGGCAUGGGAUCCCCUGGAACUGGAGUUAGGGAUAGUUGCAAACUACCGUGUGGGUGCUGGGAACUGAACCCAGGUCCUAUGGAAGAGCAGCCAGUGCUCUUAACCACUGAGCCAUCUCUCCAGCCCCAGCUGUGUAUUUCUAAAGGUGCCCCUGAUGGGUCUUACAAUGACUACACUUAAAAAACAGUCCCUAUUGUCUGCUGUUUCUACUCAAGAUAAGGCAUCCCCCUUGAGUAAUGGGUAGGCCACCGAUUUGAUAAAGACAAGAACACUGAGCCAGGUGGCCUUAACAGGUCUGACAGCCUCCUCUGUCACUCCUGGUGCCCUGAUUUCUUUUUGUCUUUCUGGUUUUUUCAAGACAGGGUUUCUCUGUGAAGUACUGGCUGUCCUGGAACUCACUCUGUAGACCAGACUGGCCUCGAACUCAGAAAUCCACCUGCCUCUGCCUCCCAAGUGCUGGGUUUAAAGGCGUGCACCGCCACUGCCCGGCUCCCUGAUUUCUUUAUAGAGGUCCAACAAACAUCUGUCCCACCUAUUUCAGCUGUGCCAGGUAUGCACAUGGCAUGGUGGAUCUUGUAACUUAGCUGACACUACCCUGGAGCAGAGACCUGAGUCCUCCUCAGGCCACUCCCCUGGGCCUUGUCAAUAUUCCAGAAUCAUGAAAUAAACAAUUGUGAUUCAUGA